AUGCCAGCGUCAACAGUCCCUGUCGGGGCGUCCAUGGGCCUUGUAGUCCCUCGCGCGUUCCCCUACAAGGAUAUCUAUCCCGGCGGACACGAACUCGGCUGGGUCGAGGUCGCACCUCCACAGCCGCCCAUCGUGGGUGGUUGGAUGCGGAUGGUGUCGCCAGUCCUCAUCCUCCCAGACUACACGGUACACAUCCUCCCCGUCGUAGGGAGCGAGAAUCCCCGCGAUCCAUACUAUUACCCCCUCGAGGCUGACAUGUGCGCCUCGUACGCAGUCACAGCACACAUCAACACGUACGGCUUCAACUUCACCCAGACGGGGUGGCACAUGCUGGUCGUGAACCAGACGUGGAUGCGGCCGACUAUGCCACGCCCAACUGGCGCGUAUACGACGUGGAUCGGCGUCACCACGGAUACUCCAGGCUCUCUACCUGACCCUCCGGCAAAUUGGGGGACGCGGGAGCGGAUUGCGGUGGGCCUCGGCGUUGGCCUGGGCGGCGCAGGUGUCUUGCUGGGAUUGUUGGCGAUGCUGUGGAUCAAGCACAGGCGAUAUAACAAAUCAGAACGAACCGCUUUCGACCGCAUGAAGCCCGAGGAACAACAUGAGUACCUCGCGACUAACCCGCGGUCGGUGCUCAAUCCCAACCCACCGCCGAACCGCUUCGACCGGCCAAGUUUCGAUCGGCUGAGCUCGAGCGUAUCGACUGGCUUCCACGACGACGGAAGCAGCAACUAUGAGGACGACGAGACGGUUGAGAGCCUGAUGUACAAGCUCGCAAUCGAGCGCAGAGUGCAGUACGGCGCCGAGAAGAUGCUGGACGUCAUCGAAACCCGCACCGGCGCGGACAAGGACCAAGUCCGGAAUAAUAUCACUGCGCAGUUAGAAGUUGCCAACGACCACAUCAAGGCAUUAGAGACACGCCUUGAGCGAUUACGAGGCAACUCGGCGCAGCGCCGCCGCCCACGACGCCCUAACGGACUCUCGACAUCGGCUUCUUCCACCCUCCUCUCGGCAGGUGUGCGUCCCAAGGUGUCGCGCCAAGGGAGUUUCACCACCGACGACCACAGCGUUAGCACCCCGCCAGGGUCGCUUUCCCCCUGGCCACUGGAAGCUGAGGACGAGAGCGACGACGAGACUAUCGUCGCUGCAAAGGAGAAUGCAACGUCCCUCUUGGGCUGCUUGCGUGGCGCCGGCGAAGAGGCGUUGGAGACGUUAACGCGCCUCACCGAUCUCUUCAAGAAUCACCCAACGCUGUACCGCCACCUCGAGAUCACCGAGAUCAUCCAGGCUGCCCUCCCACAGCUAGCGGACUCGUCGAACAUCCGGAGGCGCUCGGCGGCGUAUCGGUUACUACGGUACUCCCUCGACAGGCGGACAUGGGGUUGCAUGGUGCAUGCGGGCCUGGAAGCGGUCAUCAUCCGCACGUUCACGCGCGACGCCAAGGCCGUCCUCGAACGCGAGCAGGCGCUGCUCCUCCUCCGGGCUGUCACAGCAUUCCCACCUCCAAGCGUGCGAGAGAAGCGGGCAUUAGCAGCGCGCGCCAAGGCGACACAACUGCCCGAUCCUGUUGCGCGACUGCUCCUCCACCGCGUGCCUCUGCGGCAAGGGUUGGUGCGGGCAAUCGUAAGCGCAGCCGAGAACAUCGACGACGUGAUGCGCACAGUCUGCAUGGAGACGCUGGUGGAAAUCGCGCUGCUGGAUCUCGAGUGCUUAUUGUCGGCCGACUCGUUCCGCGUCGUCCUCAACGCAUUCAAGGACGGCCCAUUCGAACUGGGGCUGGGGAUAACGGGCAUGCUGUGCUAUCUCGCCAACACGCCGCACACGCGCCACCUCCUCAUUCCCGGGAGCGACUUUGAGAUCGUCCUCGUCGGCCUAACAGAAGAGUACGGCAAGGUGUCGAGCCGACACAUGCAGCGCUACCUCGACCGUCUGGACACGUGCGUACGCAACGUCGGCAUGGUACUCGGUACAUGGGCCGGCGUGCUAUACCUCUGCAUGGAUCACUGUCGGGCCAUCAAGAGUCUCAUCAGCUCCCUGUUCGUACCAAUACCGGAGAUGCGGAACGCGCUCUUGGACUUGUUCUUCAGCGCGUUCCGCAUCAAGGCGCCGAGCUGGACCAGCGCGUUCCUCGACGGCCGCCGGCUUACUGUGUACAAUCGCACGUACGAGGCGUCGACGCAGUUCCAAGACGGUAUUGAGGAUGAGGAGUUUUCUCCUCGACUCAGCAUCGUCGACAAUUACGUCGCGUUCCUACUUGCGGUGUUCAUCGAGGCCGGAUUGCUCGAGUCUCUCGUCGCACUCAUCCAGGAAGACGAAGUCGCCCACAAUGUCAGCCGUAAGGCGACGCUACUCCUCGGCGAGAUCCUCCAGCUCGCCAACCACACCCUACCGUUGCAAUACGCCGCAAGGAUCCAGGCUCUCCCGCGCCUCUUCACUGGCGUCGCCGAGUUCACGAAGCCUACAGAGCGCAAUUCUGCACUCGCGGCGCUGUCCUCAAUCGACAGCUUGGCGCGCAACAACCUCAAGCGAAGUCAGGCUAUUGGGGAUAGGAACCGCAUAGCACCCAGGUCUGUCCAGGAAUCGCUGCAGCGAUCACAACGACAAGUGCAGCAGGUUAAGCUUCGACUUGGAUUGCAAAUAGAGGACAAGGCGUUCCAAGCCAUGGUCAACGACUCUGGGGUACUCCUCUCGCGCGACCACAAUAAGUGGAACUACGACGUGAUUAUGGAGCUGCUCCAGGGCCCACUACUCAAUCCCAGGCGUCUGGAUGAGGUCAUCCGCGCGACCAAGUUUAUCCGUCGCAUCUUCUCCUUCCUCCACCCCUUCAACAACCGCUUCAGUGCAAUCCUACGCACACGACCAAACCACAAGUGGGUGCGUCUUGGGUGCGCUCUCCUCAACACCAUGCUCGUCAAUCCCGAGGGCCAGCGCUACCUCGCCGAUGACAAGCUGUUGCGCCAGAUGGUCGAGUGCCUCGCCGAGCUAGACCAGUACGCGGGCCAACCGAGCGCGCAGCCCUUGUUUGCGCGCGAUCGCCUCGAGAACACCCUCACGUACGGCUACUUUGAGAUGAUCGGUACCCUCACCAAGCACCACAAGGGCAUUCAGCUGCUCGAGAAGUUCAAGUUCUUCACGUCCUUCUACCAUCUGUGCGAGCUACGCAGCCGCGACGACAUCGUCAAGCUCAUCAUCGAGUGCUUCGACUACUCCAUCGACGCGCACCAAAGAAUCGUCCUCUCAAAGGCGCUCACAUCGAGCUACCUUGACACGCGGUCGUUCACCACCCACCACCUCGGACGACUGCUCAACAAAUCGCCCGAGCUUACGGACUGGGCGCUCACGUUGCUCGUCACGCAGCUGUACGACCCCGCCAUCGAUGUAUGCGAGAUCGCCGUCAUGUACCUCGAGGAAGCGUGUACCGAACCCGUCAACCUCGAGAAGGUCGUGUACCUCUGCCCAUCACUGGAGCAUUUAGGAGAGCUGGGCGCCAACCUCUUCCUCCGCUUCAUGUCUACGUCCACGGGGUUCCAGUACCUCCUCGCAGCGCAGUACAUUGACUACGAGCUUGAGAGUUGGAUGGCGGAGCACAACAUGCUCUAUGUGAUCGAGGUCGAGACGUUCGUGUCCAAGACAAUCCGCCCACUGUCCAAAGACAACUCGGACGAGUUCUGGGCUUAUGAGGGCACCGCCCCGACACACUUCUUCCGCGAGCUCUGCAAGACCCCCGAGGGGUGCGAAUACCUUCAUCAGAAAGGGAUCGUACCCGAGUUCGCCGAGAUCAUCCGCCUGCACGGCAUGGAGACCGAGGACACUGGGGUGCUUAACAAGCUAAAAGCCGCCAUGUGGGUCAUGGGCAACAUCGGGUCGACCGAGGGCGGCCUCGCCUUCCUCGAGGACGAAGAUAUCAUUAAGGACAUCAUCGAUAUUGCCGAGCGGUCUCUGGUGCUCACCAUGAAGGGGACAGGAUUCUUCGUCAUCGGCCUCAUCUCGUCGACGCAGAUGGGUGCAGAGAUUCUCGAGGAGUACGGAUGGAUUGCUGCACGCACGCCGCUCGGCCAGACCACCGGCCUCUGUCUUCCGAACGACAUCGGGCGCUUCGCCUACAUCGAGCCGUGGAAGCGUCACCAGAGCCUGUCGAGCGUGCCACCCCUCCCAGCGCUCUCGGGUCUCGAGAGCGAGGUCAUGAACCUCAUCUCCAAUCUGAGCAACUACGUUCUCGCCGCCGGCGCGAUGAACAACCUCAAGCGCAUCCGCAACCGCCACCCCCGCCUCUUCUCCUCGACGACCCUCUUCUACCGCGCCCUCCGCGCAAUCUCGACGAACCACUUCCAAGCCCCCGUCAGGCGUUUUAUCUGCGACCUCUUCAGUGUCGAGAUCAACCCCCAAACCCUUCUGAAAUUCAUGCACCUAGAGCGGACAUCGCCCGCCCCGCCGCCCGAGGAGAACGGAUGGCGUUUGAGCACGGGUAGCGUGGACAGCGAUACGCGUCGGCGCGCCCGUUCCUCUCCUGGACCAGAGCCGACCGAACCAUAUCGCUCCAUUCGGCCGCGGGGGGUGACUGUCGGCGCGACGAGCUUGUCUGAGGCUGACCCGCUUCCGACGUGCGCUAUGGACCCGCGAGGCACCGACUGA